UGACAGGCGAUCUGACUAUGUGUGACAGCGCCGUGACUGAAGCAAAUCUCUACGACUGUGAGACCUGUGGAGAGGCGUUCACAAACAUCACCAACUACGUGGAGCACAGAACCAUAUGUGGUGACGAAUGCGGCGGACGUCCGGCUUCACGCGGCGGCUGGGACGCGGCGAGUGCCGGAAGCGGCAGUGCGUCCGUCUGCAGCGCCACGGACAGCGAGUCGAGCGUGCUGACGACAGACGGACUGCACCCGUGUCGGCUGUGCGAGCGCGCCUUCGCCUCGGCGUCGGCGCUGCGUCAGCACGAGGAGGAGCACGCCGACGUGCUACGUCAUCCGUGCGGCGUCUGCAGCAAGCGCUUUCGUCACAAGCGCAGCCGAGAUCGGCACGCGAAGUCUCACACCGGUGAGAAGAAGUAUCAGUGCGUGCAGUGCGACAUGGCCUUCGUCAGACGCGAUCACCUCAAGGCUCACGAGAAGAACCACGACAGCGUCCGAUUCAUAUGCCUCAUCUGCCAGCGAGAAUACGCAACAUCGGCCGCACUCACGUCUCACGUUAGCCACGAGCACCCCGACGGUGCGGCGGAGACGACGACGACGACAGUGUCAUCGUCGCCCUCGUCGCCGCCGCCUGGUAUCCGCUGCUCGCGCUGCCCGGCGACGUUCGGGACCGCGUCGGCGCUCAGGCUGCACGCAAAAACGCACGACGCUAGCGGCGCGGGAGCCGCGGCUGCGGUCACCGCCAGCGUCAACAACUACAAGUGCUUGCACUGCCAUACCCAGUGCGCCGGCAAGACGUCGCUCGAGACGCACAUACGCGAGCAGCACGGACCGGAUCGCGUCAACAUCUGUCCGACGUGCAGCAAGCGCUGCAGCAACCUCGACGGCGUCUACAUACACUAUCACAAGACGCACGGCAAGAACUCGAGCAAGAGUCGCGAACGCGACGGCAAGAUGCUCACGUGCCACACGUGCCAGCGCAUGUUCUUCAACCGCGAGAAGUACGACGUGCACGUGAAGAAGUGCGAGGCGUCGAUGGUCGGCAUCGGCGUCUACGUUUGCCCGUACUGCAACAGCCGCUACCAGAGCGAGUUCAAUCUGUACGAGCACAUCGAGAUAGCGCACACGCGCGACACCGUGCAGUGCAAGUACUGCGGCAUGCGCUUCAUGAACAAGGACAUGCUUCGCAAGCACGUCGCGCUGCUGCACGCGUCGCCCGGCCAACAACAACAGCAACAGCCGCCGCAGAAGCAGCAGACGACGGCGGCGACCGGCAGCAGCGGCGGUAGCGCGGCCGGGAUGUCGAAGCCGCCCGCCAUCUUGAUUCCGGCGUCUCAGGUGAGUCCGGCCGCUGUGUCGUUGAUCAGCGCGCAGGUGAGUCCCGCCGCCAGCAGAACCCCGCACCGUCUCACCCCGGCUGAAAGUCGCGGCGCUGCUGCGGCUCCGUCUAGCGGCCGCAGCAAGAACAACCCGCCGUCGACUGCCGCUGCGACGUCGUCGUCGGGCUGGCUGCGGGCCGACAGCAGUUUCACGCCGACGUCAGCUAGUCUCCUGGAGAAAACCCGAUCGGCUUCGAGUAAGUCUCUGCUCUCACCUACCACCACUGCUACCACCGCCGCCGCCGCCGCCGCCGCCGCCAGCAGCAACAGCAGCAGCAGCGGCGGCAGUGUGGCCAACCCGUGCAAGAGUCCCAGCGACACGCUCAAGUCGCCGACCGUGUUCAUGUGCAACCAGUGCGACGCGGCGCUGCCGGACUUUCAGGCGUUCCGCGACCACCAGAAGUCGCACCUCGACUCCGGGGCGGCGGCGUUCCACUGCCCGCACUGCGAGCAGGUGUUCCCCGCCGAGGAUCAGCUCGACGGUCACGUGCUGACGCACUACAUGUCGUCGACGACCGAGUACGGCUGUCAGAGCUGCGUCAAGCUGUUUCUGAAGCCCGACGAACUGCAGAAGCAUCUCAUGGACAUCCACGCCCAUCACCUCUACAGGUGCUCCCUGUGCCAAGAAAUCUUUGAUUCCAAGGUGACAAUACAGGUUCACUUUGCCGUGAAGCACAGCAACGAAUGCAAGCUGUUCAAGUGUACGAGUUGCCGUACUCUGUUUCGCUCGGAGAUGGAGUGGCAGCUACACGUGAAGGUUACGCACCUUAGAAAGGGCAAACCUUACAGGUGCCUGUUCUGUCAGGAAGGAUUUAGCAGUGAAAUCGAACUUCAGUUGCACAUUACAACUCACCAGAAGCAAUUUGCAUGCCGUUUGUGUGACGAAGCCUUCCACGUCGAAUUCCUACUAGACAAACACACGGAGCAGAAGCACAGUGCUGCGGCCAGAGCAAGUCACCGAACUACAAAGUCGUCUGCGUCGUCAGCGAGCAAGCCGGCGACCGAGAAGCGAUCGGUGAUCAAGUGCAAUAUCUGUGACAUCACGUUCGCCAAGUCGGAACAGCUGCAGGAGCACCGCCUGGAGAUGCACAGCAUCGCAGCGCCCCCUGCGAAGGCUGCCAGCCCCAUCGCGGCCUCGGACCCGAUGCAGGCGACCGGGCCGCAGAAGUGCAACAUUUGCGACAAGGUGCUGCACUCUAUACCAGAGCUGGCCGAACACAAGCUGCAGCACUGCAAGGUCGUGCGGGGCGACGCGUGCGUGCACUGCAAGGAGGCCGUCGCGACGGAGGAGGAGUUCUACGAGCACAGCCGCGCGCACGGCACCGACGGCUCGAUGGUGCAGUGCAUCGUCUGCCGACAGACGCUGACGUCAAUGCUCGAGCUGCAGGCGCACGGCAGCUUUCACUACGGCGCUCAGCCGCCGACGCCGCCGCCCCCGCCGGCGCCCGCCGCCGCCGCGCAGACGCACUGCUACCUGUGCAAGGUACCCUGCGCACCCGACGCCUCGCACGACGUCGUCGUGCAGCUGGUGCCCGGAGCCAACACGACGCAGAUCACCGCCUGUGGCGUCUGCUACGACGCGAUGACCCGCAAGGAGGAGCCACCAUCGGCGGUUGCGGCGGCGGCGGUGGUGGCGCCCCCAGCGGCCAGCAAGCCGCGCUGUAAGGAGUGCGGCGUGAAGUUUGAGAGCGCCGCCGAGCUGCGCGAGCACGAGCCAACGCACAAGCAGCACAUGUACCAGUGCAUCAAGUGUCAGGAGGCGUUCGCGAGCGAGGAAGCCAUCAAGCUGCACGUGAUCACGCACGUCGUCACCGAGGGCACGGCGCACGCGUGCCGCCUCUGCCUGCAGGUGUACGACUCGCCGGCGAAGCUGCAGUGCCACCUCAUUGAGCACACGUACGCCGGCUGCGCGGGAUUCGCCUGUCCCGCAUGCAGCGCCGUCUUCGCGACGUCGGCCGCCGUCCAGGCGCACGUCGUCGAUCACACGACGGCGCCGAAGCCGUACGAGUGCAGCAAGUGUACGCAGAAGUUCUUCUUCCGCUCGGAGAUGGAGAACCACGUGCUCGAGCACAACUACGCGAAGACGCCCUACGGUGGAGAGAGCGGCGCCACCGGCGGAGGCGCGUUUCCCGUACCAAGUCCCGACAACGACAGCAGCGCCACCUCGCAGCUGAUACAGGUACUGCAGCAGGUGUCGCCGGGCGAGCCGAGCCGACUGAGUCCGCACAACGGCGGCGUAGGUGGCGCUGUGUUCCCCGACCGCCCCGGCAGCAAGGGAGGCGGCAUGUUCUCCGAGAAGACGAGCAGGAAGCGAACGCGCGCGGACCGGCCGAGCAGUAGAGGUUCCGGCUCCGGGGAGCAGCAGCAAGACCGACCAGGCAGCAAGUCGUCUGCCGACGCGCCACGCAGUCCCAGCCGCAAGACGCCGCUGACGACGCUCAGCCCGAAAAACAUCAUGGCGUCGCUGCCGCCGCCGCCGGAGAAACACUCGCCGGAUGCGAAGCGGGAGUUCGAGUGUCCCGACUGCGGGCGCACGUUUAGCAACGAGAACAGCAUCGACAACCACAUGAAGAUCCACCGCGCCGCCGGCAGCAUCGCCUACAAGUGCUCGCUGUGCACGCUCGAGUUCGCGCACUCGGCCGACAUGCGACAGCACUUCUUCGAGACGCACUCGAUGGGCGAGCUGCAGUCGUCGCGCCGCAAGACGACGUACGCGUGCGGCGACUGCGACCGCGAGUUCCCGUGCCUCAGCAACCUGCAGGGCCACGCAAAGCUGCACGCGGCGCGCUGCGCGCCGUGCCGCUGCCCGACGUGCGGCAAGGAGUUCGCGCUAGCUCGCAACCUGACGAUCCACCUGCGCUCGCACAGCGGCGAGAAACCGUACGAGUGUCCGAUCUGCAAGAAGUGCUUUGCGCGCAAGGAGAACCGCAAGACGCACAUGAAGUCGCACGCGGGCCGCCGGCCGUUCAUGUGCCCGCAGUGCGGCAAGAUGUUCGCGCGCAAGAACCACGUGAAGAGCCACAUACAGUCGCACUUCCGCGACGCAGCGCGCGGCGCGUGCGCCACCUGCGGGGCGCAGUUCGCCGACACGGCCGCGCUGUGGCAGCACUUGAAGACGGCGCACGACCUUCCGGCGGAAGCCGUCUGCCACGUCUGCAACGAGACGUUCGCGCUGAAGCGUAACUACCAGCGGCACAUGAAGAAGUCGCACGGCAUCGACGUCGUCGUCGGCCACCAGACGGCGCCACGAGUCGACGAUGCGGCGAGCAGGGCGCUGGAGUCUCGCGCGCCGUCUGACUGUGGCGCCACCCUCUCGCCGCUGGGCAACUGCAGCAGCGAGUGCUCGAACGACGACGACGCGGAGGCGCUGGAGUCGUCGGCGCUGGACACGUCGACGUGCAGCGACGACGUCGACAGUCUCGACACGACCAGCUCGGCAGGAGUGAGCAGCACGGACACGGCGGCCGGCGGCGGCGGCGACAAGAUGAACGGCAUCGCGUUCCUCGUCACGGACAACGACAACGCAGACGAGCAGACGGCGGGCGCUGUCGUGCUGAACAACGCCUGACGUGAACGCACGAAACAUUGAACGCACGGAACAUUGAACGCACAGAACAGUGAACACACGGAACGGCAAACGCAUGGAACAUUGAACGCACUAAACAGGCCGCCAGCCCUUCAACCACCCACCCAACACCUCGUAUGUGGAAUAACGAGUUGUCGUAUGGAACACGAAAGAGUGAACGCGCGCAUGGAGCAGAGACCGCGCCCAAGAAACAGGGAACGCACGUGGCAGUGAACGCACGCAUGGGACAGUGAACGCACGCAUGCAAAAGGCGUCGCGUGCGUGGAACAGAGUACGCAUGGAGCAGUGAACGCACGGAACAGUAAACGCGUGUAACAGGGAACGCGUGCAUGAAACAGGGAACGCACAGGACAGUAAAGGCAGGCAUGGAACAGGAUCCGCGCGCAUGGUACACGUAACGCAUGCCCGAAGCAUGGAACACAUGGAGCAGCAAACGUGCGCACGGAACAUGGAACGGAGCACAUGGAUCAACUAAUGUGCACCAAGAAACACCAAACGCGCAAACGGAACGGGUUGUUCGCGUUGAUUGGAUCAUUACUACAUGUAUAUAUAAAUGUAUAUAAAUGUAUGUAUUUAUGCGUUAGCGACAUGAAAACAUUUUCAGUGGAUACCGCUAUUGCAUAAAUUCGUGGCGUGUCCGCGUAUGUAUAUGUGGCAAGUGUUAUGAAUGGAUAUGUGUGCGUGCGUGCUGGCGUGUGUGAGAGCGAAAAUGACUGUUAAAUAUUAAAAUCACAGCUUUGUUCAAAUUCUGCAGUGUUUAUGGUAUCUCAACAAUGACAAAGCAAAUCGCAAUUUAACAGAUGAUGAUUAUCGAACAUAAUGGGCUCAUGUCAAGAACAUAAUUCUAUAUAAUAUUUUACAAGGCGCUAUUUCUACCAGUAAUACACGACAUAGAGAUUAUAUAGAUAUUAUAGUAACCAAUUAAAGAAUCCGGCUCUGACUCUCGUUCUGUGAUGGACGAGCGCGCAUUAUACAUGAAGAGCUGCAUGUUGUAGGUGAACAAGUCCCGCUUUUCUCUUGUUAAAAAUACAGGAGUACGGUGUACAAAAUGUAUAUAAAACAUUUCAAAUGUAUAUAUAAAGAAUGGUAUCAUUCGAUUACGUAAUACGAAUGAACAGAAAGGCUGAUGUGUAUAGCAAUGUCUUAUUUUAGUGGUGUCAUUUCAAUAAAGUGUUUCGAAAAAUAAUUCAAAUUCAAAUUGUAUAUGUAAUUUUCGAAUAAUUUUUCUAAAUGCAACAACUCAAAUUUCCACAAUGUUCAUCAGAAUAUAUCAUUCAGUACGUCUACAAAUAUA